AUGUCAGGAGGCCCUGACCGGAGGCCCUCUCCGAACGCCACUUCCGUCUGCCAACUGGUCCCGGCCGGCCUUCAUUUGACAUCGCAUGCGGAGCCGCAAGUCGAGCCGCGGCACCAACCGGUCUCAUGCGAGUCGCCGGGGCAACUGUUUCUGCCGGUCGCCUCGAGCGGAGCUGGUUCGGAUGCCAUCAACCGCUUCUUCCUCCGCCUUGCCCGACUGCUCGACACAUCCGAACGGUUCGACUGCUGUACCGCCGCUCCACAAAGCCGGGACUCGAACUCAGCCACGAGUGUACGCCCCGAGGCUGGAGGCCUCGGCAACGACGCCAUCGCGGCUGGCAACAACGUCGCUGCUGCCACGCACUGUUCACCCAUUCAACUCUGGCAAUUCCUUGUGGAAGAGUUGGUUGCCAGGCGACCUCAAAUGAGUGGCCGGGUGGAGACGGAGCGCGGCCACAUCGAGUGGACGGGUCGUGGGAUGGAGUUCCGACUGACGAACCCGGACGAGGUGGCCAGACGUUGGGGAGCUCGUAAAAACAAACCUUUGAUGAACUACGAAAAGUUGAGUCGUGGCCUGCGCUACUAUUACGACAAGCGCAUCAUCGAGAAGGUCGUCGGAAGAAGAUAUGUCUACAGAUUUUCCACCUCCAUCGAGUCGGUCAUGCGACAGACGUUGCCGUCUCACUGGCUGCCGGUCGCCGAGGCGGACGAGUCUCUCCGAGACGCCGUCGAGCCCUCCACCAGCGAAUACGCAAAAUAG